ACUGUUAUUUACCUCACUCAUUCUGCUCCCCUCUCUCUCACUCUACCACUUUCUCUCUCUCUCCCCCCCUCUCUUUCUCUCACUCAUUCAUUCACCACUCCCCUUCUAACUUUGUCUUCAUAAUUUAUUAGUCACGGUUUCAUUUCUUCGCUGUUACACCUUUAAUCUCUCCGCUCCGAAAUUGUCAACUCAGAUCAAAGUGUAAAAAUGUAUUUCAACAAAAUGCUGCUCUUCACUGCUCUGUCAAGCGUUCUUGUACAGGAGGUCAUAUCAUUUGAGGCAAACAAAGACCUGUAUGAAAUACUUGGCAUAAAACGAGGAUCUUCUCAAAAGACAAUUAGGAGUGCCUUUAGAAAAUUAGCCCUAAAAUAUCACCCAGAUAAAAAUAAAGAUAACCCAGAGGCUGAAAAAAAAUUUGUAGAAAUUAGUAAAGCUUAUGAAAUCUUGUCAAACCCUGAGAAGAAGGAACGUUACGACAAAUUUGGCGACACUGGCGAUAGUCAGGAUGACUUCUCUCAAGGAACACAUUCUUUUAAUUUUGAAGAUUUGUUUGGCUCCAGCUUUGAUAAUUUCUUCUCAUCCAGUCAUCGCAGUAGUCAGAAUUCCCAGGGAAGAGGUGGAGGGGGACAGUACAUAAAGAUCAACGACGAUGAUUCUUUCUUCCGAUUUGAUGAUUUCUUUGGUGAUAGUGAUGACAACGAGGAUUUUUUCAGUUUUGAUAAUUUUGAAGAUUUUUUUGAACAACCUCAUGCUAAAUAUAGUGGACAUAUGAACAGCUUUUUUAGUUCAUCGCAUUCAUCAGGUGGUCAGAAAUGUCGGACAGUAACCCAGAGAAUCGGAAAUAUGAUGACAACUCGGACAGAAUGUUCAUAACUAUAAAACAGUUUUUCUAUUUGGGAUGAAGUAUACUUUUAAAUUUAUUGACAUUUGAUAUAUAUAUAUAUAUAUGUAUAUAUAUGUAUAUAUAUAUAUAUAACGAUUUUAUAUAUAUAAACAAACA